AUGGGAGCAAAAUUUUCUACUACCAAACAAAAAUCAGUUUACUUUGAGCAUCAACUAAUAAAUUAUAAAACGACAGCGGCUUCUUUAUCGCCAGAGUGCCUGUUUGAAAUAUUUGAAUAUCUUGACAGGAACUCGCUUUAUUUUUGUCUCUUGGUCAAUAGGAGCUGGUGUAAAGUGGUGGCACCUUUGCUAUGGAGAGCACCUUUUCGAACUUCAAUCGGACCUUCACUUGAACCAGCAAAACUUAUUCGGACUUAUCUUAGUUGUCUUGGCGAAAGGUCGAAGUUAUAUCUUAUCAACAAUGGAGUUAGGUUGCCACCAUUAGUGUCCGUCAUAUUUGACUAUCCUUCAUUUCUACGCGAAUUAAAGUUUGUGGAUUUGUAUAAUGCGGUGUCCGAUUGGUUUGCAAACGAGUUUGGCAAUAACGAAGAUGAACAACAAUCAGUUUUUCUGAGAAUCCUAAUUGCCGAACAAUUAUUUAAGUUGUUCAUGAACCGAUGUCCAACAUUUGAAAUGCUUUCCCUAUCGGAUUUAUCUCACGAGGCGCCCAUGCCUUUGGUACCUCUUUUGGCCGGAGCUGACCCGUGCUUGACCAGACUCAAGGCCUUUCAAUGUGUCAACAAGCAUAAUGGCAAAAAGGAUAUCUUCCGUGCAAUGUCCCAAGUAUCGGAAACUCUUGAGACGUUGUGGAUUGGAGGAGUUGAACAUGAAAUGGAGGUGAAAGCUUUAGGAGUUCUAAUUAGGUCUCAGAGGAGGUUGAAAACUUUCAAAUACUCGUGGGAUAAUCAAACUCGUCUGCAAAUUGUGCUGGAUGAAACACUUGGAGCCUUAAGGACACAAGCGAAAAGUCUCACCACGAUUCACUUUGAAUAUUGCAAUUUUUCUCAUUGUGAAUCAUUGGAACCAUUGGCAGCGUGCGUAAACCUGGAGAACAUGCGAUUCAUACAAUGCAUCUUUCUGGAAGAGAGGUUACAUCCUUUGACAAACGCACCCUUUCCCAAUCUUAAGAAUUUAGAAUUUCAUUGUAGUUUUGUGGAUUCCUCUAGGUAUUGGAUAGACACUCGCGAUAUUGCAUCCAUCAUAAGAAACUCGUCUGGUAGUCUAGAAAAAUUGGUUCUACCUAAAGUAGGGAACUCUGAGGAAUUGUCUCUGGAAUUGAUAAAAUCGCUUCGGUUCGGUAAAAGUAUCAGAGAAAUACGAUUGCAGAUUAGAAACGAGGAGACCAACGAUUUUAUGGAUUUCUUUAAUAAUAACAACAGGUUGGAAAAACUUAUAUUCAUUUGUCAUGGAGAUUUAAACGUAGAAGAUCUGUUGACACAAAUGAACCAACGAUGGCCGGAUACUUUGUCAUCACUACAGAUUAAAGGACAAUGGAUUAUCACCUCGGAAUAUUUGAAAGCUUUUCUCAAGGAUUCUAAUAGUUGUCUUAAACAUUUGGAAUUACACUCUUCGAACCAUUUGACAGACGAUCAUGUGAAUGUCGUCCUGGAUUACCUGAAAGAGAUGAAGGCGACCAAGAAAUCUAGCUUAAGCAGUGUAUUCAUGUCAGGAGAUCGGAUAACCGAAAAAAGGGGAAACUUUUGUUUAACUCCUUUGAUUUAA